UUCACAGUAGCCGCGGCAGCAGCAGCAGCAGCAGCGGCGGCAGCAGCGGCCGGCGGCCAACUGCCAAUUGUCACUCCUUAUCCCCCGAAUCAACGACCGACACCAACACCGACCAACGUCAACAUCAACACCAACACUGUCGCUGGCACAUGCGGCCACUCCUCUGCCUUGCCGCACUCCGCCAUUCUUUCUGACCAUUCGCCGCGGUGCCACAUGAUCUGCGGCCCUGUACCAAUGACGAAUGCAGCUGCCAACAACAUGACCUCGGGCAGUCUCAGGGGUCAACUCAACUGCGGGUCAACCGACUCUACAGUCUUCACUUCCGAGGCGUUGACGGCCUACUUUUCGCUCGCCAAACAGUUGACCGCCUCCGCCAUGCUCAAUGCAGCCGCGCCCCUUCAAGCCAGUUCAGGAGACAAGUCGACCUGA